GGCGGCGGCCGAGCCCGUCCAUGGCCCGGCGAGUGCCCGGCGCCGGUCCCGGGUCCGCGCCGGCCCCGCCCCCAAAGCUCGCCUUUCGCGGGCCCGGCACUUUCGCUUUCACGCGGGGGGAGGCCGAGGGCACAGGCCCGGGACGAGGCGGCGCACCUUCCGGACUGCGGGCCAACCCCCGGCGCACCUGGGCGGGCCGGCUUUGCCCUCGGGCCCCCGGCGGGGUGGCGUGGGUGACAGAGGGCGCUCGACGCGCGUCCGCGAGGAGGCGGCGCCACCGCGCUCCCACCCUCCGUGGGGCACCCCGGGAAGUUCGACUUGCCGGAGCCCGCAGUCCCCAAACGCGCGGGUGCGACGCGGUCGCGCCCUACCUCGGCGGACGGGCUGGCAGUGCCCACUGGGCACCCCUCUGGGCACCCGUGCCUCUUCCAGGUGGCUCCGGACUUACCUCAGAGCGCACAGAAUUCUCGGAGUCAGCACAGGCUUCCACCUUUCAUCUCUCCCCACCCUGCAGCCGCUUUAGCCUCUGGCCAGUUCCAGCACUUUGGCGUUCUGAGUCCUUGCACCGCAGGGCACGUGUCCUUCCCUCUUUUCCCUGUUUCACUUCCGUAAGAAGCAGUGAGCCAUCGAGCCAACGGCUGCCCUUUGGGCUCCCAAGGAGGGACAGGAGAGGCGCUUCGCGAGUUCUGACCCUGCCUUCCCUCCGGAGCGUUCUCUGGCAAAUCAGCAAAGUGGGGAGGAAGAAAUAUGGGCAUGUUCACACUAAAAAGGCAUGCAUGGAUGUUCAUGGAAAUCUGAUCUGAAAUAGCCUCAAACUGGAAAUAAUUUCGAAUGUCCCUAAACAGUGAAAUGUAUGGACUGUGGAAUAAUCUUACAAUGGAGUACUAUACAGCAGUUAAAAUGUAAGUAAAACCCCUGCUGCCUGCAACAUGGUUACAUCACACACAUGUGAUGUUGAGCCAGAGGACCAGACACAGAACAGCACAUAAUGUAAGGUUCCAUCUACAUGAAGUUAAAAACAAGCAAAACAAAUUCAUGGUAUGAGAAACCAGGAUGAUGGUAGAUUUAUGAAGGAAGGAGGAAGGAAUGAUUGGAAGAACAACAUAGGGCUUCUGGGGUGCUGGGAAUGUCCUAAGGCUUUACCUAGUGGCAGAUACACAGAUGUGUUCACUAUGUGAUCAUUCUUUGCAUUGUACAUGUUUAUGUAUUUUUCUAUAUGCAUAUGAGUUUAAUUUAAUCUUAUUCAUUUUUUAAAAGAUUUUAUUUAUUUAUU